AUGCCACUUGGUAGGCAUUUUUGUUCUGGGGGCCUCGGGAUGAAGUUGGCAUCCUUGAUGUCAGCUCCAGAGGUUCACAAUGUACCGACAAUGAGUAAACUGACCAGCUCGGAACUUAUUCGCUUGAUCUUGCAGGAAUCUCCACCUGCCAACAGUGAUGAGCUUGGCCAUGUAUUAUCAUUGAUCUUCAAGUCCUAUAACCGCAAGGUCCCAAAAGCAAAGGAUCUUCAAGUUUCGUUGAAGAAAAUCCACCCCGAUACCAGGGUCGAAGCAUUUCAGCAAAUUCAAAAUGAAUCAAUCCUCGUACCGCUUUAUGACACGCAAGCACGCUGUUGGAACUGGCCACUCCCAGAGUCACAUUUAGACAAACUUCCUGGACAAAAAAGUAAGCGGGCAGGAGAGAAGAGAAGAACGGACCAUGAAGAGAGGGAAGGAGAAACUAGUGGAACUACGAAUGAGAAGUCGGGAGAUUGGAUUUUCGUCGAUGACACUGGUACACCUGUUGCCUCUAGCCAGCCUGAGGAUGACGAAAUGUCCGAGUCUAUGAAUGCCAGCUCUGCCAGUGUCCAACACGAAAGUGACAGUGGUGGCAGAACCACAGUACUCCAGCCAUGGACAACGGAACAGAUUUUUGCAUCCUUUUACAAUGUCCUUUCCAUCGCCCUCCUCCUGCGACGGCCUGAACUCGCUCAGAAGCGCAUCUUAUCUCGUGUCUGGAGCGCAUCAAACUCCUCACGCCCAGUACCCGGCAAUGCAAUGGCGCGCAAACCAGACCUCACCUUACUCGAUGAUAUCGAGGCUAGAUGGGACACAAUCAAGGCCGUAUGCGAGCUGACUUCGAGUGCCUACUUACCUUCAUAUCCCCUUGCCAAAACUCUUGACUCCAAGGUGUAUCUGCUUCUCAAACACCAACCGUGGAGACGCUUCGCACUGUUGGUCUCCAUCUGCAAUGGGUAUCGCGAGCUUCGUGUCCACCUAUAUGACCACUCGGGUGGUGUUGUCAGCCCUUGCAUAAACAUCGAUCGAGAGCCAGACAAGUUCUUACAGAUUUUUUCGUCCAUUGUCUUCGGCAAUCUCGAGUGCAUCAGGUUCGACCCCACGAUCAGUAUAUUGAAACACACACUUCACCACACGCAUCGACCCCCUGAUUUCCGCCCCGCCAAACACUCACGCUCACCUGCUCCGCACCAGACUGCUACCUUAGCAAUCCCAGAUGCACUGAUCGUGGAAAGCGAGACCACCACAAUUGAAGAGAUCGUGAACAAACCCCUAUACACCACAGAGGAUGCGGAGCGCAAACCUGCAGCCAACAUCCCUCCAAGCAUGGUCCCCCCCAUAGACGAAGUCCCUGUUGAUCCUCUCCGUGAACCCCUCCCAGAGCCAAUCGGAAAAAUACGAGUCAAUGAAAACACGUAUGAUAUACUCGAUCUAAUAUUCUCCACGCAAGGCCUCGUUGGUCGUGGCAUGACGUGCUAUCUGGCCAGGAAGGACGAUGAAGAGUACAUAAUUAAAGAUCACUGGGUUCUCAGCAGUGAAUCAGAGGUUUUCAACAAAAUUCGUAUGAUGAAGAAGAUGGAUGGGCUCCGUGGUGUUCCUCACCUUGUUGAAUAUUGGCUUGUGGAGAUGGAGCCUGGCGAGGUUGACGAGACGGUGAAGUAUCGUCAAAAUAUCACGCGCAGCUUACAGGGCACCUCCUGUAUGCAUGUUCGCAUGGUUUUGAAGCCCCGUGCGCGACCCUUGUAUCAAUUCCGUUCACGUUCAGAGUUCUUGACUGCGAUACAGGACAUCUUGAAGGUCCAGAAGUUUGCGGUAGAGCAGAGGCAUAUCCUUCAUCGUGAUUGCAGUUUGAACAACGCGAUGAUUGGGGAUGAUGAUGGCGGGGAUGUUGAUAGAUUGGGAGUUUGCUGUAGAUAUCGUACGAGGCGAUAA